CUAGCGAUACUCAAGAUAUCAGAGAGAGAAUACAAGGAGCUAUCAGAUAAUAUGUUCAGAGAUGUUUUUACUCAAAAGGUGGCACCGUUAGCCCCUGAUUUGUCGAUUAGUAGGAAGGAGAAAAAUAAGAAAGAGAAGGUACCUAUUGUAAGCCUAACCCCAGAGGAAGCUAAGAAAUUAAUGGAGAAGAAAAUGAAUCUUCACGAAGCUUUUCAAUAUCUUGUCAAACGGAGAGAAAAGAAAAAGAUGAUGAGAAGACAGGAAACUCUGUCAACAACAGCAAUAUCCCUCUCUACCCUCAGAACGAAUUCCCGGGAUUCCUGGGGAUCCCAGGAUCUAUCUGGCCUAGAGGAUAUUAUCAAUGACCCUGGUUCUGAAACUGAAAGUCCAAUGCCUAAAAGGAGAGGAAGUGUAAACCCUUUAGGUGUUGGACCUGUGGGCCCUGGAACCCCCCCUCAUAUAGGUGUUGGACCUGUGGGCCCUGGAACCCCCCCUCCUAUCCAUAUUCCAGGAAUAGAUUUAACAAAUGGAACUACAUUUCUUUUCUUUCAAAAUAAGAAGGAUAAGGAGAAUGAGGAAGAGAUAGAAGAGCCUCCUCCAGAAAUUCAGAUUGAAUCCAUCCCAAAAUCUCCGAUUAAACCUAAACGAAGAUCGAGUAGAUUUAGGAGAUCAAGAUAUAGCGUGAGUCAUCAGAAAAAGAGUGAUUCUAUUUCUCCGACCGGAAGAGGAUUUACAGACAACCACGUGGAGAGAAUAGGAGACAAGAUGGAGGGAUUACUAAAAGAUACUCCCGAUAUUUCUAAGCUUAAACCUCGAGGUCGAAGUAUUAGCUGUCCUAAGCCUCCGAUGCGGAGAUUCUAAACCCCUGAGGUUUAAAAAAUUCAUCUGAAAACCAGAACCUGUCAAAAAAAAACUUUAAGCAGAAAGUGAAUUUAAAACUCUGUUAUGGUGACUUCUAAAAAUAUCUUUAAAAAGAAAGUGAAUUUAAAACUCUGUUAUGGUGACUUCUAAAAAUAUCUUUAAAAAGAAAGUGAAUUUAAAACUCUGUUUUGGUGACUUCUAAAAAAACUUCCCGAAAGAAAAGUUCUGUGAGGCCUGUUUUAAGGUUAAAUAAAUGUCUAAAAACCUCACAUUUUUAUUCUGAAAACUGAGGCCUAGUGAGAAAAAAAACCUGGAAAAUGCCCUGAUUUAAAAUGUGAAUUAUUUUUAGUGCUUGAAUCUUUAAUUACGAGGACAGAGUCCGAAGUUCAUGAAUUUGAGCCGCGUCUCAAAUCCGCCAAAAAAACGGUUUCAAUUAAGCGUCGACUUAAGUCUUGAAACAUUGAA